AUUUGCUCGUACGACUACGCACGUAUAGGACCGACAAGCGACUCGAUCCAAACGGGUUUGGAUUUUGUGGUAUAGUCGUGCGUGCUUAUUAAUUUUCUGUAUAGGAAAAAAUGGAUACAGAAAGACUAAUAAUGUUGGUUCACGAACAAGAGUGUUUGUGGAAUUUAAAUAGUGAAAAUUACCAUUCGAGAGAUUUGCAAAGAAAGGCUUGGAAAGAAAUAGCAUUAGAAAUGAAGUGUACAGGUGACGACUUAAAGAAAAAAUGGAGAGGUUUAAGAGAUAUCUUCAGAAGGGAGUUUAAAAAAUCUACUUCACAUAAAUCUGGCGACGCAGCUAAGGACUACACCUCUAAAUGGCCAUUUUAUAAACUAAUGUUUUUUCUAAAAGAUAUAAUGACGCCAAGAACCUUGGAAGGUAGUGUCCCCGAACCUGAAUCUGAGGCAACUGACAUUAAUGAAGCGGAUAUCGAGCAUGAUGACGAUGAUAAUAUAUCUACAGAACAAUCACCGCCAACGACACCAACGACUUCACAAACUCUGCUACCACAAAUCCAUCAAUCACCACAAUCAUCAUCAUCAUCCUCUAAACGCCUGUUCAAGUCACCACCAAAGAAGAAAAAUAGGCGGCGACAGAAUGAAGCAGCUAAGUAUGAUGAAGCGUUUCUUAGAAUUGAGCAAGAGAAAUUGAAAUAUUUCAAGGGACCUGUGCAGGAUAGCGAAAUGCAAUUCCUAAUGAGUUUGCACCCUUUUCUUAAAAAAAUACCCGCUUCUCAACAGUUGUCCGUACGAGCGGACUUGAUGCAAGUUCUCAUCAAGAAUCAACCCACUCCAUCAUAUUUACCAACUCCCAGUCCAGGCUACCAGUCAUCGAGUGAAGACUGGCUAAGUGAUUGUUCGAGCGCCCAACCCAGUACAAGCUACGUAAUUUUGGAAGGAACUCGUCAGUUACCCACACAGCACAAUCCGCCACAACUUCAGACUUUUUUCACAAGUUUUGAUCCAACAGACAUCGAAAAAAGAAGCUAA